UGUAAAAAAGAAAGAGAAAAAAGAAUGUACUCUGCUUGCUCAUCGUCGUUCAAGGUGUUGAUACCUCAGCUGAGGUACAACCACACUAAGCUGCGCUAUUCAAGGAAAAGAUUGAGCUUUGCUCCUUUACCUUUACCCAUCUCCAUCACCUCCUCUUCCACAACUGACGACAACACUGCACCUUCCAAACACCCACAACUGGGAUAUGAUCCUUCCGAGGAGCUACUUGGGCUUGCUGUUGAUUUACAACCGAGGAAUGUUGCUUCUGCUGCAUCCAAACCAGGAUCAUGGAUAGGUCCAAAUGGUCAGUAUUUUCGAGAAUUACCCUGCCCGGGGUGCAGGGGAAGAGGUUAUACCCCGUGUACAGAAUGUGGAAUAGAAAGAUCACGGCCCGAUUGCUCACUCUGCAGUGGAAAGGGUAUAGUUACCUGCAAUCAGUGUAGUGGAGAUUGUGUUAUUUGGGAGGAGUGGAUCGAUGAACGACCAUGGGAGAAAGCCCGAUCAGUUUCUCCCUUAAAAGUUAAGGAAGAUGAUGAAGUCGACAAUUUGGAUAUAAAACUGGAGCGGAGGAGAAAAACAAAGCGAGUCUAUCAAUCCUCUGCUCCUGAAGUCAAUCUGAAGAUCAGCAGGUCACUAAAAAGCCUCAAUGCCAAAACUGGAAUAUUUAGUAAUCGGAUGAAGAUAAUCCACCGUGACCCUAUGCUUCAUGCACAAAGAGUUGCUGCUAUCAAGAAAACCAAGGGGACUGCUGCUGCAAGGAAUCAUGCUUCUGAAGUUAUGAAGAACUACUUCUCUGAUCCAGAAAACCGCCGCAAGAGAAGCAUUGCAAUGAGAGGGGUAAAAUUCUUCUGCCGAAAUUGUGGGCAUGAAGGCCACAGGAGACACUACUGUCCGGAACUUCAAGGCAAGGUCACUGAUACACGAUUCAGAUGCCGCUUGUGUGGUGAAAAGGGGCACAACCGCAGAACGUGUCCAAAGUCGAAAUCAGGGGAAAAGAAGAUGGUGGUUCGAAGGAAUCAUUGCUGCAGUGUUUGUGGCCAGAGAGGCCACAACCGGAGAACAUGUCCACAGGUAUCUAGAGUAGAACCAGCCGGUUCUGUAAGCGUAGAAAGUGUGCCAUCUGUGUCUAGAAAAAGGGCAUAACAGGACUUGCCCUCAUACAAGAUCAUGACAGAACCAUCAAGAUUUAGAUUAUAGUAAUAAAUUUGUGACUCCAUUAGUUAACUUGACAGAACAAUCAAGCCCUCAAUUGGUGUGGCGAAUGCACCAUGUAUGAUAGAACGUUGAUUGGAACAUUUUUGUUAGACGUCUUUGUAUGUGUUGAAUAUUGAAUGCAGAUGUGCAACUCUCCCACUA